GCGUAAGAACGAAACCGUCACGACACUGGAUGGGAACGGGCAACAGGUUCGUCGGCUUGCCCCCGAGCCCCGAGGAACGCGGCGCAGGUAAAGAGGUAAAAGGGGCGGAGGGGCGGGCCAGCCAGGCGAGCCAGGUAUUCCGAUAUCACUCUUCCCUUCUCGGUGGGUGGCUCAUCGACAACGAUGGAACGCCAUGCAGAUGGAUUCUCACGGUCCACGACGUGUGCGAAAGACUCCCAUCCGGAAGAGCCGAGUCAUUAUCAAGGAUAUCGACAGAUAUCAAGAAUAUCGCAUCAGUCAAAAGGAUCUCAUCGGAAAGAACUCGCAACUGAUUAAAAAAAAAGACUAAAUUAUUCGCGUUUGCUUCAAGAGAAACCAGAGAUAAAUAGAGAUAACGCGGAAUUGUAUUUUUAUAAUCGUUUUGUGAGAAAAAAAGUAUAAUGUAUCUGUAAUAUAUUUCGGUUUCUCAGAA